ACAUGUAAAUUUUCAAACAUCUAUUGUUAUUUGAAGUAUGUAUUUCUUGCAAAUCAUCAAUGGACGAUAACGAAAAAUUUCAGUACAUAACAAAAUGUUGUAAUAAACGAUUGUGUGAUUAUUGUCAAGGAUUUUGGGAAAAUAAUUCAACAUGUGUUGAAUGUAAAAAAACUCACAAAACAGAUUAUAAUCCUAUUCUAAAAAUCAAAAUGAAGCUACCUUGCGUUAUUUGUACUCAAAAUAUUGGAAAAUAUAGUUAUGAUGAUCAAUGCAAUGAGUUAUAUUGUAAAGAAUGCUUCGCUCGAGCAGUUCAACUAUCCAAUCGUUGUGGUUUCUGUCAUACAUUAUAUUCAAAAAAUAUAACUCCCAUUAUAAAAAUGUUCUAAUAAUUUUGAAUAUUUUUAAUUAAAAAUAUGUGAAAUAUUUUAUUAGAUUUUGUAUUUCAACAUAAGCAUAAUCAUUGAUUAUUAAACAUAUAACUAAUAUUAUAAACUGAAAAUUUCAUGUUUUUGAUUAAAUAAAUUUGAAUUAUUUAAUAAAA